UGUCUAACCCUAGCCCAGCAAACAAUAGCAGUCUGGGUUUCUGUGUCCUCCGCUUCUACGUUUCUUCUUCGUUGCUAACGCUUCUUCGGCCUCUCUGGUUCAUCAAGCAGAUUUACUUCGAAGGACGGUAUGGGUUAUACGAAGGAUCAGCUGCUUGCUCGCUUAAAGGAGCUUCAAAUUGAUUUUGCUCAGUAUGAACAUCCCACCGUUUUGACUGUUGAAGCCCAGGCGAAAUAUGUGGGUGAUAAGGGAGGUGGACUGACUAAAAAUUUAUUCUUGAAGGACAAGAAAAGUAGAUUAUAUAUUGUUUCUGCUUUGGCAGAUACGAAAGUAGACAUGAAAGUUUUAUCUCAAAGGCUUGGUUUGGGAAAAGGAGGUAUAAGAAUGGCUCCUGAAGAAGCAUUGGGUGAGAUACUUCAGGUUCCUCUGGGUUGUGUUACUCCUUUUGCACUGGUGAAUGAGUCAGCAAGACAUGUGUCACUCUUGCUGGACAAAGGAUUUAGAACACAAGAGCAUUGCUUCUUCCAUCCACUAUCUAAUGAUAUGUCAAUUUCUCUUCAUGCUAAUGAUCUUGACAAGUUUCUUAAGUCAGUGGGGAGAGAGGCCACAUUCGUUGACCUGGAGGCUAAUCCACCAGUAGGAAAGGAUCAACCUCCUGAUCUGGCAGCUUUUGUUCCAUCUGGUUCCACUAUUCUGUCUGAUCCUCCGGAAAAGACUGUUCCCUUGCAAGGUCAUACUGAAAAUCCUGUUUCUGCCUAUAAGAAGUCCACAGCUACUACAGUAAAAACUACCAAGGUACCUGUUGCUGUAAAAAAUGUUAAAGACAAGCUAGCUGUUGCUGCACAUCAGCCAAGUGUUUUCUCAGAUGCUGGGCUUCUUGUGGAAGAGAUUCUGAAUAGAACUUCCAGUCUUCUGCUGUCAGAGAUUAAAGAGGACUCUAUCAGGCAACAUGGUGAACAUCUUGGAACCGUGGUUGCUGACAAUAUUAAAAAGCGUCUUAGCUCAGAUUUGAAAAGCCUUGCUAUAAUGUUCAAGAAUACUGCUUAUGCACAGGGGUUUUAUGCUGGCACUCACCAUCAUCCCAAGCCAUUGUGAACUUGUCUGCAAUGGUAGAAUGAAUUGACCAAAGAGAAAUUGAAAAAUGAACCUGCAUUUGAACAUUUGAUGACAAAUAUAUACUUUUCCAGAGUAGUGCAUAAUUCAUACAUUUCGAAAUUGAUUAUGGUCAAUUAUGAUUUUUGAUAACUUUGACUCUGGCAAAGCUCUGUAGGUUCUGUUGGCCCAACAGCUAGCAAAGCGAUCUAGUGUGGUUAACAGUAUGUUUUGUGAUCAAACUUGAGCUAUUGUAGUCCCAGUUAAUGGUUGCAAGUUGUAGGUGAAUUGUUGCCAUUUUAUUAUUUUUGUUUAAUAUUGUUGUUGAUGUGGCACGAGUAUUUGGACUGCAUAUUGCCCUGUGUGGAUCAAUUUAAGCAAUUCAGCUGAAUUUCUUGGAA